AUGCUGAUUCUUUCUCGGUUGUUUAUUACGAUUGAGGACCUGGUGGAGGAAAUUGGGGGUUUCAACGCUGUCCAGCGCCACCGUCUCUGGAUGCUGCGGUAUCUGCUCUCUUUCAGUCGAAGCACUUCCUUCACACGAAAUAUCGUCACGAUCGAAGAGAACCUACGAAUAACCCCUCAACGCGAGGAAUACUUAAAGGAAGAAACUCGCCGUCUCCAAGAACGAGUGUGUACGCCAGAGAAUAAGAUCCAGCUAGAGGAGUGGGAUGCGCAGAUUAAAGAGCUGCAGAGACGCUACUGGAAGGAGGAACGAGAGUGGUAUAGGUGUGAGUCCUUGUGUCCUCCUGGACCACAGAAACGGGGAUUCCACGCCUGGCGCGCAACUACAGACUGGUAUCACCAUAGUGCUCUCCGUUACCACUGUGCUGGUCGCGGGGAAUGCUGUGGCCGUUCCUGUGGCUGUUGCGAGAGACGCGGCAUAGAGGCGACAGGUCGAACUAGGUUGGCAGUUGGCCACUGCACAGUGGAGUGCGGCUGCUGUAUGCGAGACCGUGGAUUUGACCUCACGGCUGAGGAGAAGAAGGAGCAGCACGAAGCCUUUGGAGUGAUGCUGCGUAGACCGAACGACGCAUUUGUUGAGCGCAUUGUCGCCGUUAAUAUCUGGGGGAUCAUCAGAGGGCCCAAAGAUGAGCGGGUUUGGGGUUCCCAAUAG